AUGGACAGUCACUUCUUCUGGACGCGAUUCUGGCGUCAGCAAGUCGCGAUGGUGCCUUGCAGAAGCAAACCCAUGGAAAUAUGUGAUUCUGCCUCCAGUUUCCUCAUGCAAGAGUUGUCCGAUCUCACGGAUUUCGAGGAGCAUGGGAGGUCGGCGAGGGACGUUAACACAUCAACUACCGGUUGGGACCGCCUUCUUUACAGAAGCCCGGCUUGA